AUGGCCUCACCAUUAUCAGUAUCGUCAGUUGCCCUUUUAACCCUUGUAGCUUUUAUUUUGGCCAACUCUUUGUUAGCUAGAGCUGGUGAUCCUGAUAUCACAUCAGAUUUCCUAGUCCCUGAUAACAUAAAUGCAAGUACUAUCAAUGGAACCUUCUUCACCAACACCGGUUUUCGCGGGAUAUUCGGUACAAUAGUACCAAAACUCACAAUAACAAAAGCAACCAAAACAGAGUUCCCUGCUUUAGACGGGCAGAGUGUUUCGUUUGCAGUGGUGCAAUAUCCGGCAGGCAGCGUAAACCCGCCUCACGUCCACCCGCGCUCGGCCGAGCUCUUAUUCGUACUGAAAGGAAGCCUUGAUGUUGGAUUUGUGGAUACAACAAACAAAUUAUUCACUCAGACACUUCAAGAGAAUGAUAUGUUUGUUUUCCCAAAGGGAUUAGUCCAUUUUCAGUUUAACUCUGACCCCAAUUCCGCAGCCACGGCUAUCGCGGCUUUCGGCAGUGUAAAUGCAGGAACAGCUUCUCUGCCAACUACUCUGUUUUCUACAAAUAUUGAUGAUGAUGUUCUUGCUGAGUCCUUUAAGACUGAUGUUCCCACCAUCCUGAAGAUCAAGGCAGGUCUUGCACCCCCAGCUUAA